AGUGAUAUUUAACAUGUCUGUAAUAUCGCUGCAGAAAGAAUCGAGUUUUUGUGGUAAUUCAUGGUCUGUUUUAAGUAAUUUGUUAAUUCUUUUACACUUUUAAGUUUCCUUUUAAUGUUUAAUGAUUGAAGGGUGAACAGAAUAAUGUCACUUCAUUGUACCCAGUUUUUUUAAUAUAAAAAAAGCGAGAGCGGGCCUUUCACUGAUUGUUUACGGUUUAACGGAAGUUAAUCCCAUAAUUUGCGUCAUGGGGCAUAGGAAAAAGGUGGAUAUGUUUAAAAAUAGUGAGCUCGCUUUUCAGGCUUCGUUAGCAUUACCUGUUUGUAGUUCCUGUUUGAAUGAAGCUGACUGUUUCUCUGCAGUCAUUGAGUUUAAUUCUAACCGUGUUUGUCCUCUCUGUGGGUUUUAUAGUGGUGGUGUUGUUGAACCACUUUCAAACUCGUGUGACAGUGUUGUGCAAUUAAACUUCAGCAGAGUGGCAGAAUCUGAUGUUGACACUGGUGCAACUAAGACCUUUACUUUUUGACAGCUGGGAUUUUGUGUGUGUGACAUUGUGCUGUAUUAGUCGGUUGUAAAUGACUGUAGGAUAAAGUAUUAGACCCACUGGACUGUGAUGAGGGAGAGGGCUUUGAGUGUAGGAGAAGGAUAGUAUGUGGGCAGGUGACUUUGGUGAGGAAAAAUCAGAGAAACAAAACAUGAAUAUCACGCAGGUAUGCACUUUGCUGCUCACAAAAGCUUUUAAAAAGUCCAAAAAAGCUUUUAUUGAAACCAUGCUCAGAAAACGACUUGUUUUGAAUUUUGUCACAUUGUUAUAUCAUAGUGCAAUGAAAACAGACGAAAAUCAAUGCCUACUUCUACAUCAUUGCCUCUUUAGACCUGCUCACCGAUUUGUGCAUGCUUUUUCAUGAUAGAGAUGCCUCAGAGGAUUACAAGACGUUUUGAAGUGCCAAGAUGUGGAACAACAGUCUUUGCAUUGCCAUCUUUGUAAUCCUAACAUUAAGAAAGCAUGGAUGAACUUUAUUUUUAACGAAGUUCCAGUCCUAUCAUGUCAGUAAGACAAUGUUCGUUUGUUUGCUUCAUUUUUACUGUGGAUUCAUUUUUAAAGAAGACAAGCUUUUCAGAGAGACUGAAAAUGAAAGAUGAUGCUGUGAGUGAAACCUACAUUGGAUCUGACAGUAAUGUCGCAACACACAAGUCAAAUGGUGAUGAGCCUGCGGGUGUCAGAGCUGCAGGUUCUUCUGGGCUACGCGGGCAGAAACAAACAUGGACGAAAGCACGAGCUCCUGACGAAAGCCUUACACCUCCUUAAAGCCGGUUGCAGCCCCGCUGUCCAGAUGAAGAUCAAGGAGCUCUACAGACGACGCUUCCCCACCAAGUUGGUGUCCCCGGCAGAACUGGCCCUGCCCGGAGUCCACCCCGCUGCUUCCUUGCCCCCCGGCCUCACGCAGCUGGGAUUUGAUGGGCACGGAGCGCCCCCGUCCCCUCUGCUCCCCAUCUCCCUUCUUGGACCCAAACACGAGCUGGGCCUGCCCCAUCUCCCCACCAACCUGCACCCCGUACAUCCUGAUGUCAAACUGCAACGGCUGCCCUUCUAUGACUUGCUGGAUGAGCUCAUUAAACCUACGAGUCUUGCUUCAGAUAACAGUCAGAGGUUUCAGGAAACAUGUUUUGCAUUUGCAUUGACGCCACAGCAGGUCCAACAAGUCAGCAGCUCAAUGGACAUAUCGGGGACCAAAUGUGACUUUACGGUGCAAGUACAGUUACGGUUUUGUCUAUCAGAGACAAGCUGCCCUCAGGAGGACCACUUUCCCCCUAAUCUUUGCGUUAAAGUCAAUGGAAAACCGUGUAAUCUCCCAGGAUAUCUGCCUCCUACCAAAAAUGGCGUGGAACCAAAGAGGCCCAGCAGACCCAUCAACAUUACCUCACUUGUCAGACUGUCCACAACUGUCCCCAACACCAUCGUAGUGUCCUGGACGUCGGAAAUUGGACGGAGUUAUUCUAUGGCGGUGUACCUGGUCAAGCAGCUGUCAUCCACAAUGCUGUUGCAGAGGCUACGGGCUAAAGGCAUCAGAAACCCAGAUCACUCCAGAGCACUCAUAAAGGAAAAGUUAACGGCAGACCCUGACAGUGAAAUAGCAACCACCAGCCUAAGAGUUUCAUUAUUAUGUCCGCUGGGAAAGAUGCGGCUAAUGAUUCCGUGUCGGGCGUUGACGUGUUCACACCUGCAGUGUUUUGAUGCUACACUCUACAUCCAGAUGAAUGAAAAGAAGCCCACAUGGGUGUGUCCUGUCUGUGACAAAAAAGCACCCUAUGAACAUCUCAUCAUUGACGGGUUGUUUAUGGAGAUUCUUAACAGCUGUUUAGAUUGUGAUGAAAUCCAGUUCAAGGAAGAUGGCAGCUGGGCCCCCAUGAGGUCGAAAAAGGAAGUGCAGGAAGUGUCUGCUUCAUACAAUGGCAUCGAUGGUGGAUGUCAUACAGUGUCAGAGCAAAACUCUCAAACGAACGGCAACAGUGGAAGCAACAGCAAAAAAGUGGAGGUGAUUGAUUUGACUCUCGACAGCUCGUCUGAAGAAGAGGAAGAUGAAGAACCCCCUCAGAAGAAGAGCUGCCCCUCGCUGUCCAGCAUCUCUCCUCAGAUGGAUAAUGGGGUGCUAAAUCUCCACAGACAAGCAUCUCCUUUAAGCCGAACACCCAGCAUGCCUCAGGUGGACACCAAUUACAUUCCUCCACCUCCUCCCCUCAUUCAGGACUACCGCCACUACUAUUCUACGCCCACAGACCUGUCAGAUCUCAACUUUUUCCCUUUUUUACAAGGGGAGAAUCAUCAGCACUACAACAUGGUGAUGGCAGCGGCUGCGUCUGCAUCGGAAGAUCACGACCUCCUCCUGAGUCGUUUCCUCCCGUACGGCUCGUCUCAACUCUUCCUGGACCCUCCCUCCACCCCUGUAAGCAGCAACCUCCCUCCCAUUAACGUCAACGGCAGCAGCACCGGCAGCAGCCUGGUGUCCUCCAGCAGCUUACGGGAAAGCCUUGGACAUCCACCCGCCCCGCUCCCCAACUCCGAAUCGGCCCCCAUGUCUGCCAUCUACGGACCCGUCCCAGACGUCAUCUCGUUAGACUGACCCAGGACUGAACCCUCCCACGGGAAACUGACUGAAGAGACUUCCAAACAUUGGGAAGAAAAAGGGACAUACAGGAUGACCGAAGGGCGUUUUUGUAAACGAUGAUAAUCGUUGCCGUGUACAGAGAACAAAUAUAUUUUUUGUUUUACUUUUGUAUAUACUUAUCUAUCUAGCUAUCUAAUGUAUAUGUAAACUUGAAAGAGUUUUCGCCCAACACGGCUUGCUAAGUUACUUUGGGUUUUAGCUCCUUGGAAACUGACGCUGUUUUUCCCUUCACAGCUUCGGCUCAACCCCUUUAACAUAAUAUGAACACUUUUUAUAUCCUUUCCCCAUCAUAUUCUGUGAUUUCUAUAUUUUGUCUGAUUCCACAGGGCACAAUGGCUGCGAUUGGACCGUCUACCGGACCCUUGGUUCUUUUCUCUUCCCAGCAAAACUUGACAUGUCUUUGCCAAUCACAUUUCCCCUAAACAUGCAGGAUUAUUUUAUAUAAUGCUUUUAAAGGGAUAGUUCACCCAAAGAUAACACUCGUCACCACUUUCAUGAAGAUAUUUUCAGUGUUCGUUUUUUCCAUACAAUGAAAGUCAGUGGGCUCCAGUAUUGUUUUUGACCCCACUGAAACAUUCUUAAAAAUAUCUUUUGUGUUCCGCUGAAGAAAGAAAGUCACACACACAGGUUUGGAACGACACGAGGGUGAGUAAAUGAUGACUGAAUCUUUACUUUUGGAUGAACUAUCCCUUUAAGUUUGUGGGCUGUUAAGAAGCAUUCCUUCUCCUUCAAGUUAACAACUGGAAGUAAAAGCAUUGUUACAGAUUGACAAUAUCUGACCUCAUAAUUCUUAUGUGAAAUGUAAUUCAUGACUGUUUUUAAAACAAUGUAAUUCUCUAACAGAUUUACAUCCAUAUUUUUUCUUGCUCGAUGCCAAAAGAACACUUUUUAGUGUUGAAGUUUUUAGAGUGAGAGCUUGUGAGUUCAGUGAACUUAAAUGUACACCUUGUGUAGAAAGUAAAGAUUUACUCUUUCUUUGUGGCUACCAUG